GUGCCGUCAGUGUUGUUUCACUGUUGCUAAUGUUCACUCGCGUUGUGCUGUACGUUUUGCCCACUUCUGACUUGAACUUUAGCAAUAGUACAUUUAACCUACGCUACUACGUGUCUAUCUAAAUACUACGUACAUACACACAUACAUAUGUUAUUCGUAAAAUAACACAUUUGAAAGAACUAUUUGGCACUAGUGUGAAAGCAAUUGAAUUUAAUUAAGUUUUUGAUUGUUUGUUCCCUUUCUUCUACGCAGUAUUAUAAAUUUAGACAACUUUACACAACAGAGAAAAAUAAUAUCCAUACGAAAGUAAAUUACGUGUUUGUUUUAUACAACAAUAUGAAUAAAUCAAACUAAUAAGGAAAUAUAACAAUUUGUGCACAGCAGUAAGAACAUUUUCAUCAAAGUGAGUGGCAAGACUAUUUAUAGCAACAAUUGUGACGUUCAGCCAGUGACAGCAUUCAUGUUUAUUUACAUCGCAGUACUCUUGUGAAAGUUAAAAGGUCAUUUCAAUUGAAACGCGCAAAUAAAAAAUAAUAUUGCGACAUAAGCACAACUACUGUUUAAUUACCGCAUGAGCAUUGAGAAAUCGCUGUGGCCGCUAUAGUUGGUUUUUUAUAAUUGAAUCUCUACAGUCGACACAAAAUAAAUAAAACAAUUGUCGCUUUAAUAUAUAACAAAUUGUUUGGCGCACAUGCUGUUCAAUUAGCUGCCACAUACAACUACAACGAGAAGUGAGAGAGAGGGAGAGUGAGCAUUGCACAAAGUUCAAAACUGAAGACGUCAGCCGGUUCACCAAUUUCGUACGUCGCAUCAUUAUCAUCCUUUCUAUCUUCACACGUACUAUUCAUCAUAGCUGCUAUAUUGUUGUUGUUCCUUUAAAUAAUUUUAUUUUGAACGUUUUGCUGCUAUGGCCACUUCAUCAGUGCUCGCUAACAAUCCAAUUUCGACACUAGCAUCAGCGGUCGCUGUGAAUUCCUCAUCAUCGUCUACGCCAACUACCUCACCUACUUUAAUUUCAACACGUAAACGCACCUACGAGACUGCUAUCUCAAUGCCCGCUGUCGCAACAAAAUCUCGAGGAGCAACUGCUGCUGUGGCUAAAGCAUCACUUGCCAACAAAAUGAAUGCGAAUGGGAAUGAUGUUGCGCUCAAUGAUAUACUGGUGGAUGGUGUUAGUACAGCAACUAAUACAACAACGAACAAAGAUUAUACACGCACAGUUUCACAAUGUGAACCGGAUGAGGAAGCAUCUGGCUCAUCCUCUGCAUACUAUGAUAGUCCUGUUAAGAAGGAGUACGUACCGGUGCCACAGCCGUUACCUACGAUCAGUAGUGGUUCAUCAGAUUUUGCGACAAUUUGCAAGCCAGCACCAUUGUCCACCGACGAAGAGGCUGUUGUGGAACGUGAGAAAUGUGAUUACGAUUAUAAAAUCACCUAUCAAAUGGCGCGGUCUGGUCAAACAAAACGACGCGUACGUGUCUACGCCGAUGGUAUUUAUGACCUUUUCCAUCAAGGUCAUGCCAGACAGCUCAUGCAGGCGAAGAACAUUUUCCCGAAUGUUUACUUAAUUGUGGGUGUGUGCAAUGAUGAGCUAACACAUCGCAUGAAGGGGCGUACUGUUAUGAAUGAUCAAGAGCGUUACGAGGCAUUACGCCACUGCCGCUACGUGGAUGAGAUUGUACCGGAUGCCCCUUGGACUCUAUCAGAUGAAUUUAUUGCAUCAAACAAAAUUGAUUUUGUUGCACACGAUGACAUUCCAUACACUGGCGCUGGCGUGGAAGAUAUAUAUGCGCCAUUGAAGGCCAAAGGCAUGUUCGUUGCCACCGAACGCACAGAAGGCGUAUCUACUUCGGAUAUUGUCGCACGUAUUGUCAAGGAUUAUGACUUGUAUGUUCGCCGGAAUUUGGCGCGUGGUUACUCGGCUAAAGAUUUGAAUGUCUCAUUCCUUUCGGAGAAGAAGUUCCGAUUCCAAAAUAAAAUGGAUGAGUUGAAGAAUCGCGGACGACGCGAACUGAACAAAGUGAAGGAUGACAUCAUCACAAAAUGGGAGGAGGCAUCACGUGAUUUUAUCGAUGCAUUCCUUUUACUCUUUGGACGUGAACGUCUUAAUCAUUUGUGGAACGAAUCGAAGGGCAAAUUAAUUCAAGCGCUCAGUCCACCCGGCAGCCCGAGUGGUUCGAUAAAUGGCGAUGAUGAUGAAGACGAUUUUGAUUAUGAAGAUGAUGAUACUGAUUUCGCAACUGUGCGCAUACCGACAAGUGCAACGCGGAGUCGAGCCGCAGAUAGUCCUACAUUACGCGGUAAAACCGGUCGUGGUACGACUUCUGCCAAGGCCACCACCAAGGUGACAACACAAGUCAACGACGAUGACGAUGAUGAUGAAGAUGGCGAAUAUGAACAUAGAAGUAAUUAGAGUAAUAUGAUACCCAAAUAUUUCGUAGGUAAUAUUAUUAUUGUAAUGCAAAAAAUGCGAAAUGAAAAGCAAGAAAAGAAUUACAUUAAAGAAUAACAAACACAAUUAUUUGCAGACAUGCAAAUGUCUUUGGAAACAAUGAAAUAUUUCGUCAAUGAUAAAUCAUAGGUGGAAAAAAAAACAAGAAAUUAGAGCCCAUAAGUAGCCUAUUAUGUGCAAACGAAGUUACUAAAGAAUCUAAACACGUUCAAUAAAUAAAUACGAACACAGACAA